GUACAAAACAGUCAAAGAAAGAAACAGUCGGACUGGAAACAGCCGUCAGUCAUGGCGGUAUUUUGAACCGAUGGAGGAAAUGUUUGCUGGUGAUCCAGCAGUUUUGCCAACAAAUGUGGUUUCAUCUAUGCGUCCAGAACCUACACCUGCUCCUGUUGAUACUGCCGACAUUUCUCAAAUAUCUGAAGAGGAACCUUCUGUGGAUGUACCCAUGACUUCUACACCAAGGAUCCCACGUAAAAGGCGUCGUUCCAGUAUGGAUUCUGAGGACCCUCCUCAGUGGUUUGAGAGGUAUCAGCAGAAUCAACAGAAGAUGCAUGAAGAGAGGAUGCAGAUUGAAAAUAGACGAGUCACUGCCUUGGAGAGUUUAGUAAAACUCUUUCAAGAAAAAAAGUGAAGUUUGCAACAUGUUAAUAACGUUCAAACACAUAUAAGUACAAUAGUCGAAAGAACUAGUUAUGUUUAAAAACUAGGCUAAUUUCAUUUUUAUGUUGCUUGUGGUGACAUACAGGGCAUUGAUUGAUAAUAUAACGCUUAGAAAAAACAUUUUGUAUAAUUUAUGUAUGACAUUGACCAUCAUGGUCAUGUCAUGUUAUGAAUUAAUAAUGCUAUACUUUGUUUCACUUUAUUAAUUGAUGGCUUUGAUACUUGCACAAAACAAUGGUUAUGACAAAAACCAAACUUUAUUUGAGCUGUGUCACGACAAAACCAACAUAAUGGGUUUGCGGCCAGCAUGGAUCCAGACCAGCAUGCGCAUCCGCGC